AUGCUUUGUCGUCUUUUCACACUCAACAGCGACAAACGUGCUAAAAGGCGACGUCCUGGAGGCCCAACUGGUCUUCGGCCUUCUGAUGUGUCGCACAGGAACCCCGGCAAAGAUCCCAACACGGACCUCAGCACCGAUCCCACAAGCCCUGCCCCUCCAGAGGGACCAAUGGGAGGCGAGCGGGUGGAAGCUGAUCAAGAUGAUCGGCGUCCAGUUUUUCAGGAGCUGUGGUUCAUCGUGGUGAUGGCGGCCGUCGGCCUGCUGCUGAUGGCCAUCGUGUUAGGGGUGGCCCUCCACAAGGCGCUGAACAAAGCCCCCUUGACCAGAGAGAGACCCCCCCUGGUGGCCAUGCAGAAGCGAAGCCCGAUGGCCGUUUAUCCAGCCAGCAACUCCGUUUUGUUUGACACGGCGGGCGUGGUCAGCAGCGUGAUGCUGAAGUCCUUCACCAUGAAGAUAGAGGAGGCGCUGGAGGCCAAAUGCGAGGACACGCCUGCUCAGGGUGUAGAAGAAGGAGGAGGGCGCGGGAAUUCGUUAAAGCGCAGUGUCAGCCAGGUGAUGGACGGGAAGUCGUUGGCGGAGGCGUGGGGCCCCACCAUGGGACAUGACAGCGGAAUGUUCAUGGACGACGAGGAGUUUGUGGACAGCGUCAAAGGCUUCAGCACCGUUAGGAAGGAGCACACCAUGUUCACAGACACCAACUUGUGAGGCAAUGAAACGCCAAGUGCCAAGAGUGGCGUGGAUGGACACC